AUGACCCAUGAUGCCCCAGCAGCGGGACACUUUGGGUGGUAUCGGACCACCCAUCUGGUAAGCCGUGAGUUUUGGUGGCCCCGCCUGAAGGCUGACGUGGCUCGCUACGUCGCUGGUUGUGAUGUCUGCCGGUGGGCCAAGGGCCCUACCGGGCGACCCCCCGGCCUACUUCAGCCGUUGCCAGUCCCACCACGUCCUUGGCACACGGUUUUGCUGGACUUUGUAGUGGACUUACCCCCGUCUUGUGGCUGUACCUGCCUUCUAGUUUUCUCCGACCAUUUCACUAAGAUGGUGCACUGUGCCCCCUGCCCAUCCGUACCCACAGCUAAGGAAACCGCUCAGCUGUACCUUCAGCAUGUCUUCUGCCUGCAUGGCCUACCUGAGCGUGUGGUGUCCGACCAGGGCGUUCAAUUCACAUCCCGGUUCUGGCGAGCAUUGCACCCGACCCUCGGGACAGAGGUCUGUCUCUCAUCAGCCUACCACCCACAGACCGAUGGCCAGACGGAACGGGCAAACGCGGUGCUGGAGCAGUACCUCCGGUGUUACUGCAGCUACCAGCAGGAUGACUGGGUCGACCACCUAGCAUUGGCGAAGUUCGCCUACAACAACGCGGUGAAUGCGUCCACCCAGCAGACCCUGUUCCAGGCCAGUUACGGUUGUCAUCCAAGGACAAAACUAUGUAGAGGCGAAAGAUGGAAUGCCCUGGCAACUGCUACUACUUAG